CUCAGUCCUACUUAUUAUUAUUUCCCUCUAUAUAUAUACAUUACCAAUGUCUCAAUGUGUCAUAUAACCCUUUCAAUAAAUUCACAUUUUACUCUCACGCUUCCUCCUCCGCCAUGAGCAACGACUCUCCCUACACUCCUCUUCUUAAUGGCUCCCACAAUAACCACCGUAGAGAGCUUCUUCUUGUAUUUUCCGGUUUGCUUUUACUUGCUUCGAUAAUCGCUUUUAGCGGUUACAGCGCUUCCUUCAGCGUACGUCAACCUCAUGCUGACGUGUCAGCGGCUGCGUCGUCAUCGAUAUUGUCCGAUGAAGCAACGAAACCGAGCACGGUUUCGCGAGGUGUUUCUUCCGGUGUGUCGGAGAAGUCAAACACGUUUCUCUCUGGUAAGGUUGUUGGAGAAGGUGAAUCGUUUCCUUGGGAUAAUACUAUGUUGUCGUGGCAGAGAACGGCUUUUCAUUUUCAGCCAGAGAAGAAUUGGAUGAAUGAUCCUAACGGUCCAUUGUAUUACAAGGGAUGGUACCAUUUUUUCUACCAAUACAAUCCAAAUGGUGCAGUUUGGGGAGACAUAGUUUGGGGGCAUGCAGUGUCAAGAGACAUGAUCCAUUGGCUUCACCUUCCACUAGCAAUGGUGGCGGAUCAAUGGUAUGACAGUAACGGUGUUUGGACAGGCUCUGCUACCAUCUUACCUGACGGUCAAGUCAUCAUGUUAUAUACCGGUUCAACCAACGAGUUCGUGCAAGUUCAAAACCUUGCAUACCCUGCUGAUCUCAAUGACCCUCUCCUUGUGGAUUGGAUCAAAUACCCUUCCAACCCGGUUCUCGUCCCUCCACCAGGCAUCCUUCCUAAGGACUUUCGUGACCCAACAACCGCGUGGCUUACUGCCGAAGGAAAGUGGCGAAUCACCAUAGGCUCCAAGAUAAACAAAACUGGUGUGGCUUUGGUUUAUGAUACAGUGGAUUUCAAGACCUAUGAGCAGAAAGAUGUGUUGCUUAAUGCUGUUCCUGAUACUGGUAUGUGGGAGUGUGUGGACUUUUUCCCUGUUUCUAUGAAGUCUGAAAAUGGUUUGGAUACUUCCUUUACCGGCGACGAGGUUAAGCAUGUGAUGAAGGUGAGUUUGGAUGAUGAUAGACAUGAUUAUUAUGCAUUGGGGACUUAUGAUGAGAAGAAGGUUAAGUUUAUAGCAGAUGAUUUUGAAAAUGAUGUUGGUAUUGGACUAAGGUAUGAUUAUGGUAUAUUCUAUGCAUCCAAGACAUUUUAUGAUCAGAAAAAGGAUAGGAGAUUGUUGUGGGGUUGGAUUGGAGAAUCUGAUAGCGAAUAUGCUGAUGUUGCCAAAGGUUGGGCUUCAGUUCAGAGCAUUCCAAGAAUUGUGAAGCUUGAUAAGAAGACUGGUAGCAACUUAAUUCAAUGGCCUGUUGCAGAAGUGGAGAGUUUGAGAUUAAGAAGUGAUGAAUUUAAAAAUUUGAAGGUUAAGCCAGGGGCAGUGGUGUCACUAGAUAUUGGAACUGCUGCACAGUUGGAUAUUGUAGCUGAAUUUGAGAUAGACAAAGAAGCUUUGGAGAAAACAGCUCAGUCAAAUGUGGAGUAUGAGUGUAGCACGAGUGGCGGAGCUUCUCGUCGUGGUGCCUUGGGACCUUUUGGUCUUUAUGUUUUGGCAGAUGAUGGUCUUUCUGAGUACACUCCUGUGUACUUUUAUAUUGUUAAAGGAAGCAAUGGAAAACUCAAGACUUCUUUCUGCUCUGAUCAAUCAAGGUCUUCUCUAGCAAAUGAUGUUCAUAAACAAAUCUAUGGAAGUGUAGUUCCAGUACUUGAAGGAGAAAAAUUGUCCUUAAGGAUAUUGGUGGACCAUUCUAUAGUUGAAAGCUUUGCUCAAGGUGGAAGAACAUGUAUAACAUCAAGAGUUUAUCCAACAAGGGCAAUCUAUGGAGCAGCUAGAUUGUUCUUAUUCAACAAUGCUAUUGAAACCAAUGUCACAGCUUCUCUUAAAGUUUGGCAGAUGAAUUCUGCAUUUAUACGCCCAUACCACCCUGAUCAAAAGAGCCAAACAAGUUAAGUUGGAUAUUAGAGACACGCAAUCACAAGGACAAAUUGUGGGGAAACUAUUUGGUUGGAAAGUUGCACCUAACAACUUUAAUGAUCCAAUCAAAUCAUCAACCCUUUCAAUGUUUUGGGCUUUUUGCACGAUGUUUGUUGGCCAAUUUUUGUUCAAUUGUAUUUUAGAAUGUUGCAUAGUUAUUUGAUUGCCCCACAUGUGAUUAUAUUAAGAGGUUGAUAUGUUCAUUGAAGAAAUAUGAUGUUAAUGCUCUCUAUGUCUCUGAAUAAAAAUUUGUUAUAUUCUUAA